CGCGCCGUAAGGGUCGACAUUGCGGGACUGGCAAAAGGAAAGGUACUGCUGACGCUCGCAUGCCUAGUAAGGUUCUCUGGAUGAGGAGGAUGCGCGUACUUCGCAGGCUUCUCAAGCGAUAUAGAGAGGCACAUAAAAUUGACAAGCAUCUGUACCACCAACUUUAUGUCCAGUCAAAGGGGAACCAAUUUAAGAACAAACGAGUUCUAAUCGAGCAUAUUCACAAAAAAAAGGCUGAAAGACUUAGGGCGAGACAGCUUAGUGAUCAGGCUGAAGCAAUGCGUUUAAGAAAGAGAGAAGCUCGUCAACGAAGAGAGACACGACUUGAAGAACGAAGAAAAGCUAUGUUGGAGUCAUUUAAGCCAGAAACUCCCAAACCUGCUAUGGAGAAGGAGUCGAAGACUGAGGCUCCAGUUAAGCAAGCGGCUGUGGUAGAUAAAGUUGCUGUAUCUGCCAAGCCAGUUGCUGAAUCACCUGUCCAAUCAAAGGAUCAUGGUAAGGUCAGCAUCGCCCCACCUCCUGCUGUUUUGUCUAAGAGGGACAGCAAGGUUGCACCUCCUCCAAAGGUCGCAACUUCUCGUGCCAAAAAAAACUAA